GGGGCUGGGAAGGUCAGUGGGCAGUCUGGGAGGGUACCGCUUCUGGUGUGCUUUUGCCAACCACUUCCUGUCUCUCUUCAGCCAGGGGGCUCAACCCCCAGACCUCCAGAUAUGAGGAGAAUCAUUUGCACCCAGCUGCCUCUACCUGCCUGGUCCAGCUGGGAGCCUGCCUCGCCGGCCCAGCCCCAUGGCCAGAGGGUUGGGUGAGUGUAUUGCUGGGAAUGGGGCUGGAUUUGGGGGUGUCCUUGGAUGGAGGGGACAUCCAAGCUUCUGUCCAGCCACCUGGCUGGGCCUGGACCCCUCCCCAUUCAACCUCCACUCCAGUCUUCCUUCAACUUCCUCUUCCUGCGAAAGAGGGGCGCUGCCCAGAGACCUACACAGACUGAGACACCGUGAAAAUGAGUGGAGACCGCUGGAAAAACCCACUGGAGACUAGAGAGGAGAUCCCAGGCUUGGAGGGAGGGGAGGCUGAAUCCCAGCCUCCCGGGAGUUCCCCCCAUCUUCCGCUUCCCCAAUGCCCAGGCUGUGCAGCUGGGAGCCUCCCACCUCGUUUUUUGCAGGUCGAGGUUGUCAGUCUGGCAGCAGGGUGUGUGCUGGGGUGGGGGGGCACCCCAGCCCCUGCCAGCCAACCCCACAUCACCGCCCCCCCUUCAAGCAGCAGCACCACCACCACCACACACACAAAAAAUUGGAUACAUUUUGAAUAAAGCGAUUCGGUUCCUUAUCCGGGGACUGGGUUGCUCCGUGUGAUUGGCCGGCGGAGUCACAUGGUGAAAGUAACUUUACAGGGUCGCUAGCUAGUAGGAGGGCUUUAUGGAGCAGAAAAACGACAAAGCGAGAAAAAUUAUUUUCCACUCCAGAAAUUAAUGAUCAUGAGCUCGUAUUUGAUGGACUCUAACUACAUCGAUCCGAAAUUUCCUCCAUGCGAAGAAUAUUCGCAAAAUAGCUACAUCCCUGAACACAGUCCGGAAUAUUACGGCCGGACCAGGGAAUCGGGAUACCAGCAUCACCACCAGGAGCUGUACCCACCACCGCCUCCGCGCCCCAGCUACCCCGAGCGCCAGUAUAGCUGCACCAGUCUCCAGGGGCCGGGCAAUUCGCGAGGCCACGGUCCGGCCCAGGCGGGCCACCACCACCCCGAGAAAUCGCAGCCACUCUGUGAGCCGGCGCCUCUCUCGGGCGCCUCCGCCUCCCCGUCCCCAGCCCCGCCAGCCUGCAGCCAGCCAGCCCCCGACCAUCCCUCCAGCGCCGCCAGCAAGCAACCCAUAGUCUACCCUUGGAUGAAGAAAAUCCACGUGAGCACGGUGAACCCCAAUUAUAACGGAGGGGAACCCAAGCGCUCGAGGACCGCCUACACGCGGCAGCAAGUCUUGGAAUUAGAGAAAGAGUUUCAUUACAACCGCUACCUGACCCGGAGGAGAAGGAUCGAGAUCGCCCACUCGCUGUGCCUCUCCGAGAGGCAGAUCAAAAUCUGGUUCCAAAACCGCCGCAUGAAAUGGAAGAAGGAUCAUCGCCUCCCCAACACCAAAGUCAGGUCAGCGCCCCCGGCCGGCGCCGCGCCCAGCACCCUGUCGGCAGCUACCCCGGGCACUUCUGAAGACCACUCCCAGAGCGCCACACCGCCGGAGCAGCAGCAGCGGGCAGAGGACAUUACCAGGUUAUAAAACACCGCUCACACCCCUGCCCCCACCCCAGGCCCCCGCCGCCUCCCCUCACACACAGAUUGACUCUUAUUUAUAGAAUUUAAUAUAUAUAUAUAUUUUGGUUCUUUUCUCGCUUCCUCCCACCUGGUCCCCUCGUCAAUUCCAAACAGACAAAACAGAUAAACAAACAAGCUCCGGGCCCUGCUCCCUUCCACUGUUAAGCACCCUUUUAAGCAUGUGAUGUUGUCUUAGCAUGGUACCUGCUGGGUUGAUUUUUUUUUCUUUUUAAAGGCCAUGGAUUGGGGGUGGGGGGUAUUUAUUUUUUAAGAAAAAGCAAAAGAUGCAAAAUUAUAUAUUGCAAGUGCGACGGUCUGGUUUGGGUGCAUUUCAGGGGAAAUGAGGAAAAGAAAAAAAAGGAAAGAGAUUUUUUUAAAGCCAAUUUUUGUCCUUCUCCUCCUUCCCCCCUCUCUCCUUUAGGCCUUUUGCAUUGGAAAUGCACGAGGGAGGUUAGUGAGAGGGAAGUCAUUUUAAGGAGAACAAAGCUAUGAAGUUCUUUUGUAUUAUGGGGGGGUGGGAGGAGAGGGGGGAGCCGGCAGACAAAGCUGAAAUGUGGCUGAGGAGCGUCUCUGAGCUGUUCAUUUCCAGGAACCAAAAGAAAAUCAGAAUGAACUUUAAGUUGGGAAGAGGCAGUCUGUAGGUAGCGUUGCCCCCACCCCGGUCAUGGUGAUUGUGUUUUCGGACUGAAUUUACUCGAUUAUUGUAACACUUGCAAUAAAGAAUUUUAGUGUCCAUGUGAAGUGCCCGGUGAUCAAUAAUAAACCAGUGGAUGUGAAUUAGUUUUA